AAUGAGUAUUCAGGUUUGCUCACUUGACCAACUAAAGGAGCAUUGCAAUCUAUCUUCUCAUAACCAUAACAACGAUGAACUUUACACAAUUGCUGGUAGUCUUACAUCCACAAAGAUGACAAAAAGCAAAUGCCGUCAACAUGUUGCAGAAUUUGAGGAGAAACAUUUGUUUUAUUUUAGUUUAUUCAAGCCCAAAGUUGAUGAUGCCUCAAAAACAUGGAUGACGAGAGUUAAAGAAGAUAUUAGAAACGUUAAGCGAAGUGGAUUUGCUCCUACAUUGCGAGAAAUUUACGCGGUGUGCGAAAUCAUCAACACCAUCAUAUUUCUGUUGUUCGAAGGACACGAUAACACAAUAAAAGCGUGGAAAAUUCAGCCUGUAAUUCGUGAAAACGAAACUGAAAAACAGCCGCUUAUAUUGCUUUUUAUAUCACAUACAGAGGGACUUUGUUUCCAACGCAUAGAAGUAAACGUUGACUAUUUAGAUGGAUUGGAUAUUGAAACAAUCAACGCAAAUCAUGCCGAAUGUCUUGAUAAAAGAUUUCGAAAUGAUUUCAAAGAUCUUCAGGGAAACUUCAAGCUUCGUGGACAAGACAAUUUUACCUCUUCAAUAGAAUUGACAGAAGAACAGAUCACACCAAAAACAAAUGUAUUUUCUCUAUGUAGCCAAAUUAUUUACGGAAACAAGGUUUAUGCCCAAGCUGUCAAGGAAUGUGUAAAAAUGCAUAUGGAGCAGGAAGAUUUUCGCGACGUUUACAUGCAUUUUGUUGACGUCAAAUCAUACGUCUCAGAAGAUGAGUACAAUGGUAUGGAAUCUAUUUCUGAUUCGAAGAGGAAAGAAAAGUUUCGCUCAAAAUUAAUGAAAAAGGCUUUCGAAAAGCAUUUGAAAAGGUGGCAGUAUUUUACUAUUGAAGAAUUUUUCGCAAUUGCAAGUGUCUUCAACAUAGAGGUCUUUGUAAUGCCUGUUCAAACGGAAGGAACUCUUUCAGAAAAUGAUACCAAGGGGACUAAGUUUUUCCUCCCUAUAUGCGGAAGUUAUUUGUUUACAUUUAAGACGCCAUUGGUUUUCCAAAAACGUUAUGACGAAUCAUAUAAAGCAAUCCUAGUUGACCAGGAAUGUCUUUGUCUCACAAGUGUACCAGAAGUGUUUGGCAACUUCCCAAUUGUGAAUGAUGAGAUUGAUCUAAGGAGAGUAAAGAAACUUGAUAUCAAAUCAUGUUGUCCAAGCCUUGGUAGACAUGGUCGUCACAGACAUUUUGAGCAUCUUUGGAAUCAUGAUGAACCAGAGGGAAAAAUAAUGCAAGAAAGCAGAAUUAGUAAAUAUUUUACUCCGAUGAAUAAGCAUAUAGAAAUAAUUCAUGAAAUAAUGGCUGAAGAAGGAAAAACAAUAGAUGCUAUCAACGGAGGGAAAGGCACUCUUCAAAUGUGUAUAAGUAAGGAAAUAUAUGACGAAGAGGAUGCAAGGAUACCUGUCAGUCUUCCAGUUGAUGAUGUACAGAAAUCAUUUGAGAAUGUUGCCGACUGGACAGGAAUUCCUGUGUACGUGUUUUCAUAUUCUGAAAAAGUUUUUCAAUGGGUGUCCAUUUCUCCAAAGAAAUGCAACCCAACAAGGCGUUCCAAAUGCCGAUAUUACAUGACCAUACUGUACAAUCGAGAGAGUGGAUAUUUCGAUAGAAUUGUUCCAAAAAAUGGGUGUAAUUGUCUUCAGGUUCACCCAUAUGUUGCAUCAUUGCAAACCGAAUUAAUCGAAGUGGGCAACUGCACGGUGCCUUCGAAAAAGUGUCAUUGGUCACUUCUGACAUUUCUGCCAGAGAAACCCAAAGAUGAAAUGUUUACUGAUGACACUCUGCAUGAAAUGAGGGUCAUACCGAUGUACUCCGAGAUUCUUCUUAUCAUGGAAAGAAAGGACAUGCAAGAUCGUUUCCUAGAUAAAAUGUCGGAUUAUGCGUAUUCUCUUUAUCGCUGCAUCAGCAAAGAAAUUUUUGGAAACGAAGAGCAAUUUAGAAUGAUAAUGAAAGAAACAGUAAAGGAGAUCAAAGAAAAUCCGGGUAUCUUUGGUCAUCUGCUGAUGACUGAAAAGGAAAUCUCUGAUUCGGAUUUUUUAGAAAAUUUUAGAUAUCGAAAGCAUCGAACAUUUGAUUUUUUCCGAUCUCAUAAGAAAGUGGUCGAAGAGAGUGCACAUUUUUUUGCUGACCGCAUAGAAGACGGAAUGAAUUUGGGUGAUUUAGAACUGUUCGCAGUUGCAACUCUUUUCCAAGUUCCAAUUUAUGUGCUCAUUGCUGAAAUAAAUGAAAAUAAAGUGGAAACAAAAUGGGUGUCAUUUACACAGAUAUGGAGAAAAAGGCAGCCCAGUGAUUUUGCUGCCAGAAUUCAAUAUUUUGCAGGUAAAGAAGAUCACAAAUGUGAAUUUGACCCGUCGAGUGGAUCCAAAUACUAUGUGACUCUUUACCGCACAUUUUCAGGGGAUUAUCAUAGAAUUGUACCAAAAGAUCAAGUGUGCAACUGCCUGAAAGAGCCACCCCAGAAUAUCUUGGAAGAACAUAAGCAUCAUGGACAGCCAGAUUUCAGAAUUUACUUUGAAAUGCACAAUAUAAAGAGCAAAUUGACGAUAGCAAAACUGCAACUGGACAACUGGGUGAGAUGCAACAUGGCACUUGAAAUAUUUUGCACCGAAAUCAUAGACGUAUUAGAGGGGCGUAGACAAAACGUGAACAUUUCCAACAUCGUGGGAUCCUCCGUAGGACUCGUUGGAUCAGCUUUAGCAAUUGGGGGAUUAAUAGCAGCACCAUUCACUGCAGGGGUUUCUCUUGGUUUAAUAGUUGCAGGUGGCGUUAUUGGAACACUUGGUAGUUUUACUGUCAUGGGAUCCAAAGUCACCGAGUUCAUUUUAAGUAAGGAUGCAAUAUCAAUGCUUGAGAGAUAUCAGAUGAAUUUGCGAGAAAGGUCUCGAUGCAUGGAAAAUUCUCUCUCAGAUCUCCAACAAGAAAUGACAAGAACAUUUCUUAUUCAUGGCGGAUUGCCAGUUAUCAUAGGGCACGUGAUUUUACGAGCAGUCACCAUUGCUAAUUCAGUUUUACCUCCAUUGUCCGUCAUACUUGAUGUAGGCGUACUUGCAUACACUAUUUCAAACAUGAAAGAAGGAUCAAAAACAAACGUCACUGAACGCCUACGCAAAGUCCGAUCCGUUCUUAGAACUACAAGGAUUCAGAUGUUUACUUGGGGGUACGGAAAUCAGAAAAAUUACAUGGAAGCCAUGAAAAAUUUAAAAUUCAAUUAGAAAUAUUUUGUUAAAUGUGUUUGGUUGA